AUGAAGCGCACUCUGUUGCGGAAGAAGUUUCGGGUUCAUGAGAAGGCGUGCAUGCAGCAAGUUCUGUCGGAAGCGUCACCGGAUCCUGAAGUCACUGGUGGAGAAGCUGCUCCCACGCGCUGUCCGAUUGCAAGAGCAGCUAUUCAUGACUACUUCCAGGGUGUUAACACUACUCAGCGUGAUUUUAAUUUCGAUGACAGGGCUGGUGCUACAUUUCGAAAGCUUCUGUCUGCUCUUCCGCCAGCCUCUGCAGCUAUGGAUGCUCUUACGAUGGACAUCACGCCAGAUGAAGUGGAGGUUGCUGUUCACAAAGCCCAUGCACACUCCAGCCCGGGUAUGGAUGGUGUCGGUCAUGACAUCUUCAAGAACUAUUUACCCGAGUUGUUAUCGACACUGCAUGCUGCUUAUGGUGUAUGCUGGAAGCAUGGAAAGGUACCUGCUGUCUGGAAAGUGGGAUCGGUGCAGCUGAUUUACAAGAAAGGUGACCCCAGUGAAUCAAGUAACUGGAGACCGAUCUGCCUUCAAGCGUGCAUCUACAAGCUCUACUCGGACAUGUUGGCGAGGCGACUAAAGCGCUGGCUGGAAGCAAAUGGCCGUUUGACUGACUCGCAGAAAAGGUUUCGAAGUGUCAACGGUACCGCCGAGAACAAUUUUGUGAUCAUGGCUGUGAUCGACCAGACCAAGAGACGCCCUCGUCCUCUCCACAUGGUCUGGUAUGACAUCAAGAACGCAUUUGGGUCGGUGCCACCGGAGCUGAUCUGGCGUGUGUUGCUGACUACCGGUACCAGAGUCUCGUUUGUGGAUCGUCUCAAAAAUAUCUACGAUGGUGCGUUGUUUACGGUGGCCAACACGGCAGAUGGUGCGACGGACCCGACCCAGCUUCGGAUGGGUGUUUUUUAA